UAUAUUCACGGCUGUAACAAAACCUCCGUCAGAAAUUUUCAUGACUCGGAGUUUAAAACCCAUAGAUUCCGUGGAGAAAAUUUAUCCGACGAACUUGGAGCAGCACAAUUUCAUUUGAUUGGCAACUGUUUUUCUUCCUUUUCGGGUAUAUCUUGCGUCGACUCUUCGCUCUACGCGAAGGAAAGUUGCAAUCUUUCAGUUUCGCCCUCGGAGUUUUGAGGAAAAUCUCUGCUGAAAUCAGCUAGUUCAUCGUCUUGGAUAUCAGAGCAAAGUGUGUGAUGAGCUUUGGUUAGUCAACAGAAGAGAAGCUAAGGUGCAGUUAAAACUGUGAUGCUGAAUGUUCGGGCCAACAGGUGGGCUGGGGAUGAAUCCCACAAUGGAUGAUAUGAACUUAAUUCAGCAAGCACAAAGGCAUCAACUUGUCGUUAGCAAUCUUGGUGAAGAGAUCGAUUUGGAAAUCGGACCUGGAGAUGACGACCCAUCGUUUGCUAACAAUCCAUUGAUUCCACGGGAACCUUCUACUGGGGAACAUGAUGAAACAAAGCAUAUGGUUGUCGUAUCUGACAUUCCUGGUGAGGAUCAUGAUAUGUCAAAGGGACAACCAGCUAAGAGAAAGAAGAAGGUUGUCAAACGGUGGAGAGAGGAAUGGGCUGACACUUACAAGUGGGCAUAUGUUGACGUGAAGGACGGAACGGCUAGGAUAUUUUGCUCUGUUUGCAGAGAAUAUGGUAGAAAGCAUAGGAGAAAUCCUUAUGGAAAUGAAGGAAGUAAAAACAUGCAGAUGAGUGCUUUAGAGGAACACAACAAUAGUUUGCUACACAAAGAGGCUCUUCGACUUCAAAUGGCUUCCAAGGAUAAGAUUGUUGUUGACAAACCCAUAUAUUUGAAGACUCUUAUGUCAAAAAGUGCUGGUUCAAUUGUUGAGGGUACUAUGAAACGAGAUCCUCAUGAGAUUGAGUUUCUCCAAUCUGUGCAAGAAGCUGUGCAUGCUUUAGAGCGGGUGAUUGCAAAAAAUUCUCAUUAUGUCAAUAUCAUGGAACGCUUAUUAGAACCUGAACGAAUGAUUGUCUUCCGAGUUCCGUGGGUCGAUGAUCGUGGUGAAACUCAUGUGAAUCGAGGUUUUAGAGUUCAGUUUAACCAGGCAUUGGGUCCAUGUAGGGGAGGUAUACGUUUCCAUCCAUUGAUGAACUUAAGCAUUGCUAAGUUUCUCGGAUUUCAGCAGACUUUGAAAAACGCUUUGUCACCAUAUAAGCUAGGAGGGGCUGCUGGUGGAAGUGAUUUUGAUCCUAGAGGGAGAACUGACAGUGAAAUCAUGAGAUUUUGCCAAAGUUUCAUGAACGAGAUGUACAGAUAUCUGGGUCCUGACAAAGAUCUUCCUUCAGAAGAGAUGGGUGUCGGUACUCGAGAAAUGGGAUACUUCUUUGGACAGUAUAGGCGUCUAACCUGUCAGUUUCAGGGAAGUUUUACAGGACCAAGGAUAUAUUGGGCUGGUUCUAGCCUUAGAACUGAAGCUAGUGGCUAUGGUGUUGUUUACUUUGCUCGCCUUAUGCUUGCGGAUAUGAACAAAGAAUUAAAGGGACUAAGAUGUGUUGUAAGCGGGUGCGGGAAAAUUGCAAUGCAUGUCGUAGAAAAGUUGAUUGCUUGUGGAGCUCAUCCAGUUACGGUAUCAGAUUCAAAGGGGUAUUUAGUGGAUGAUGAUGGAUUCGAUUAUAUGAAACUUGCAUUCUUGAGGGAUAUAAAAGCCCAACAGAGAAGUCUGAGAGACUACUCCAAGACAUACGCACGUUCAAAGUACUAUGACGAAGCAAAGCCGUGGAGUGAAAGGUGUGACGUGGCAUUUCCAUGUGCUUCUCAAAACGAAAUUGAUCAAUCGGAUGCCAUCAAUUUGGUUAAUGUGGGGUGUCGCUUGCUUGUAGAAGGAUCGAACAUGCCAUGUACAGUUGAAGCAGUUGAUGUUCUGAGAAAGGCGAAUGUUCUGAUUGCUCCUGCCAUUGCUGCUGGAGCUGGCGGGGUUGCUGCCGGGGAAAUCGAAGUGCUACGUGAAUGCAAUUCAUUGCAGUGGUCAGCAGAAGAUUUCGAGACGAGAUUACAGGAAGCGCUGAAGCAGACAUAUGAGAAAGCCCUUAAAGCAGCAAAUGAUUUCGGCUAUCAGAAAGAAAGCCCUGAGGCGCUUGUACAUGGGGCAACUAUAGCUGCGUUUCUGAACAUAGCUCAAGCCAUGACAGACCAAGGCUGUGUUUAAGCUCCUGGAAAAAAAAACUUCUAUGAUAAAAUUGGAAACUCUGUAAUAUACAUAUAUAUAUAUAUAUAAAGAUGUAAUUUCGUGUAAUGAUUUAAAGAGAGUAAUUUGAUCAUUGUUUUUUUUUUUUUACAUGUUUGUUAAUGAAGCU